GAGGCUGAGGUGGCAGGCUCAAGCAGCUUGGACUCCCUGUAGCUCCUAGCUGCCUACCAGGGUUGCGCGGAGCAGCUCCAGGUUCCUGAGGCUGAAGCCCCGGGUCGAGCGCCGCCGCGCCCCGCCCCAUCGUCCCCGCAGCCUCGCGGGCUGCUGGGCUUUGUGGUUCGCCGGUGCCGCUGGGCCCCUGCUGGGGGUGUCGUCAGGAGCAUGUGCAGACAGCAGCCCAAGCCUUCAGGAUAAUUCCUUCGGCAGCGCCGCUAUAACUGAGUGUGACGAAGAUACAGUCUCUGUGAUUGAAAACGAAGACGACGGCUCUCGGCUCAGAGAUGAAGACAAUAAAGAGAACUAUCCCCAGGUGGCAGCUCGCAUAGAUGAGCUCGCCCUGCCCUCCCACGAGGCUCAGCAGCAUGUAGAACAGACCCUGCCUGUGGAUGGAGUGCUGAGAACCAGUAUGGGCAACUUCAAGUCCCGAAAGCCCAAAUCCAUCCUCAGAACUGAGAGUGGCCGGAACCACGGAGAAAGCCAGGAGACAGAGCACGUGGUAUCCAGCCAGUCAGAGUGCCAGGGCAGAGCAGGAACACCGGCUCAUGAAAGUCCACAGAGCAGCAUCUUCAGGUGCCAGGAAACGGUGCGACUUCAACCAAGAAUAGACCAGAGGGCUACCAUUUGGCCAAAGGAUGCUUUUGGAACUCAGCAGGACUUACAUGAGAAUUCCUUGCUGAAGCUCCAAGCCCUCGAGUCUGGUCUGUGCUCCGCGUUUCUGCCGACCCAGGAAGAAGAUGGCCAGGUGCACGGAGUUAAGGACCCGGCCCCAGCUUCCACGCAGAGUGCGCCUGCCGACAGCGCAGAUCCUGCAGACCCCGCGCCAGCUCAUAAGGAUGCACAGGGUGACGCCGAUGGUACCCCAGAAGACCUCCAGUCUGCAGGGACCAGCAGGCUGCUCUAUCACAUCACCGAUGGUGACAAUCCGUUGCUGUCACCACGGUGCUCCAUCUUUAGCCAAAGUCAGAGGUUCAACUUGGACCCUGAGUCUGCUCCAUCUCCACCCAGCAGCCAGCAGUUCAUGAUGCCACGAAGCACUUCCCGCUGCAGCGGUGGGGACGGCAAGGAGCCGCAGACCAUUACACAGCUCACCAAGCACAUCCAAAGCCUCAAGAGGAAGAUUCGCAAGUUUGAAGAAAAAUUUGAACAAGAAAAGAAAUACCGUCCGUCACAUGGGGACAAGACUUCGAAUCCCGAAGUUCUGAAAUGGAUGAACGAUUUGGCCAAAGGGCGCAAACAGCUCAAAGAACUAAAGCUGAAGCUGUCGGAAGAGCAAGGGAGUACACCCAAGGGCCCUCGGAGAAACCUGUCCUGUGAACAGCCUCCAGUCCCCAGAGAAAAUGGCAAGUCGGAAGCCGUGGGUCCUGAGCCAGGUUCCUCUGGUGAGGAGACUUCAGACGCUGUGGUGCCAGAGAAGAGAGAACAGACCCCUCCCCAGGAUGAUGUGAAGGGAACUAAGCAAGACAAGAACCUCAUAAAGCCCCUUUAUGACCGAUGCAGAGGUAUCAAGCAAAUCCUGUCCACACCAUCCCUUAUCCCGACAAUUGAGGAAGAGGACUCUGAUGAAGACUGUCCACAGGGAAGUCAGCCACCCACUUUACCAGAUCCAGUGUCCCGCCUACCUGUCGGUGAUCACCUCAUUUACUCGGAGACAGAGCCUAUGAGGACCCUACUACCAGAUGAAAAGAAAGAAGGGAAGCAGCCAGCACUCUCCAUGUCCAACUUACAUGAGGCCACCAUGCCCGUCCUCCUCGACCAUCUCCGAGAAACUAGGGCUGACAAGAAGAGGCUACGGAAAGCCCUUCGAGAAUUUGAAGAACAAUUUUUUAAACAGACAGGAAGAAGCCCACAGAAGGAAGACAGGAUGCCGAUGGCAGACGAGUACUGUGAAUACAAGCACAUAAAAGCCAAGCUGAGACUACUGGAGGUCCUCAUCAGCAAGCAGGAUGUGGCCAAAACUAUUUGAGGUUCGGCUCUGCUCACUUCCCUCUUAAGAUGAAGUCAAGUUUAUUUUCCUCUACUGUUCUUGCUAAGGAGUUUUGAUGUACCGAAAACGGAAGCACUUUAGAGAUAGUAUUAGCUGUUUUGACGAAGGAAGAGCUAGUAUAAUUAUGUCCAACCAGGCAUUUAAAUAGGGAAAUAAUAGGUAAUAUUGGGAUUGCAAAAAAGCAUUUAGCCUUCACACCAAACUGAAAUCCAAACUGAAAUCAAAUGUAAUUGUCUCAAAAACCAUCUAAUAUCUUGCCAAACCUAAAAUCACACAUAGGCAGGCUACCUGCUAGGGAAGGUUUAGUAGUGGACCCCAAUUGAUUUUAUUGAUGUAUGGAGAGAGCAUGGUUUAAAUACACUGGUGAGACAAAGAAAAAUUCUGCUCUUCAUCCAGGGAGGAAAACAGCUAGAAAGAAGGUAAUUUAAGCGAGACAACACCCAUUACCUUGUCCUGUAAGCCUGUAGGCGUUCAGCACUCUAAAAUAACUUGACUGUGUCACUGCUAGUCUCUUAUUUCUAUAUGAAAGUAGUGCAUUAUUUUAUCUGUUAUUUGAAAAUUUACAUUUCCAGUUACCAAAGUUCACUUGGAUGGCAUGUACUUUGUGAAUUAUCUUUGUCUAUGACUGACAAAUGUUUAUAUUAAAGUAAAAUAUUAAAAUAGGUAUUUUGGAUAGAUGUGUCUGCAGUAAUAACCUAAUGUGACCACAGUACUAUUGCCGAUUUUCUUGUUUCCUAUACUAAGAUUAUAUAACUAUUUUUCCAUUGCGAAUAUGCAUCUUUCUUAAUGUUCCAAGGUCUGUACUUUAUAAAGUGAAAUAACUUUCUUGUGAGCUGCAUUCAUUCUGCACAGGGUGAAAGCUUGGAAAUCACCAAGAGACCUUUUAUUUGCUUUAUUUAGUAUAUCUUGCUUUUUCUCCACUCACACACUGACUGGUUUUGUUUUUUGUAAAACCAAGUAACAGGUAGACAUCUUCUCAUUAUCAACAUUGUUCCUAUCUCUGUUUUCUGUCAUGUUUAAGCAUGGUGUUGAAGAAACUCUAUGCAUAUUUUUCCUAUUGCUUGGGUGGAAAAAAAAAAAAACAACCCAGAUUCUAGACAGGACUAUGUCAGAGGCGUGUUGUUCUCUCUGUAUUCACCUGCUGUUUUAAACCUUUUAUGAAUCAGAGUAAUGGCCUUCAUAAAUUUGUUUAAUCGAAGUCAUCUACUUGUAACAGGACAGAUACACAACUAUUUGAGGUUUACAAAUUACAUCUUUGAUAAGGGAAAUGGUUUCGUGAGAUGUAUACAAUUGCUAUUAAAAUGUAACUAUAUUCUAUAUGAUUGUAAAUAUUUUAUACAACGUACAAAUAAAAUAUUUUUCUAUUAUA